CCCGAACGCAUCCUGAGCGCGUCGCGAGGCACUCUCAGCGCACAAUGCCGCGGUUCGCAGCCGUACCGCUGUCACGUGAUACCACCCGCCGCCAGGUACUCCCACACUCUGGCGCCGCUCUCACGUGACUGCAGAGCUCCGCCCUCUCUGAAUCACGUGGUAGCUGUCACGUGAGGAGGUUCGGGCAGCCAUGGCGGCGGUGCGGAGGUUGCUGCCGCGCUGGGCUGUGUCCUUGCGGCCGGUCAGCACCGCGGCCUUCCCGCAGAGAGUGAAGGUGGUGGAGGUGGGGCCGCGCGACGGGCUGCAGAACGAGAAGAGCGUGGUGCCGACGCCAGUGAAGAUCCGCCUGAUCGACAUGUUGUCGGAGACGGGGCUGCCGGUUAUCGAGGCCACCAGUUUUGUGUCCCCACGAUGGGUGCCGCAGAUGGCCGACCAUGCUGAAGUCAUGCAAGGAAUCAAUAAGUUGCCUGGUGUGAGUUACCCAGUGCUGACCCCCAACUUGAAGGGAUUCCAGGCAGCGGUAGCAGCAGGGGCCAAAGAAGUGUCCAUCUUUGGAGCAGCAUCUGAGCUCUUCACAAAGAAGAACAUUAACUGCUCCAUAGAGGAGAGUCUGGAGAGAUUCAGUGAAGUGAUGAACGCCGCGAGAGCAGCCAGCAUCCCCGUCCGUGGGUAUGUUUCAUGCGUCCUUGGAUGUCCCUAUGAAGGGAACAUUUCUGCAGCUAAAGUUGCAGAGGUCUCAAAGAAGAUGUACUCAAUGGGAUGCUAUGAGAUCUCCCUUGGUGACACCAUUGGCAUCGGGACCCCGGGGAGCAUGAAGGAGAUGCUGGCGGCAGUCAUGAAGGAGGUGCCAGUGGGGGCUCUUGCUGUUCACUGCCAUGAUACCUAUGGGCAAGCCCUUGCCAACAUCUUGGUGGCACUUCAGAUGGGCGUGAGUGUGGUUGAUGCUUCUGUCGCUGGCCUUGGAGGCUGUCCCUAUGCCCAGGGAGCAUCAGGAAAUGUCGCUACAGAGGACCUGGUGUACAUGCUGAAUGGCCUGGGCAUCCACACGGGUGUGGACCUGCAGAAGCUCAUGGACACCGGCACCUUUAUUUGCAAUGCUCUGAACAGAAGAACCAAUUCCAAAGUGUCCCAGGCCGCAUGCAGGCUGUGAUGUACUGAAGGAGGUUUGCUCGUGAGUCAAGGACAGUGUGUAGCUAUCGUGCCAGCCCUGCUCCCUUCAUGGUGCUGCCUUUGGGGCUCCUCCCAGGCCCGGAGAGGAAGUGUGUAAUCUGAUGGAAUCUCUGAAGAAAUGAAAAAUGGGAGUACUUUCCUGAGAUGUGGGAGAAGGGCAGGGAGAGGAGGUGGCUGCUGCGCAGCUGUGGGUGGUGGUGGGCACAGCACCGGUGCUGCCAUUGUGAUUUGGGUACCAGGAGGAGCCAUUGGCCUUCUCCGUAGUGCUCAGCACUAUGAGAACCUUCAGUAUCUGUUGUAAGAUACUUCUAAGUACUCGGAGUAAUAGACACAUUGUUUGAUCUAAACUAAUAAAGGUGUCGUUUAAUGACUCGA